AUGGCCGAGGGAAAACAAUUCAAUCACAUGAAUACCUUCCUCUCGAUUACUAUCCUAUUGAUCUUUGAGUUUGAGUUUUUAUCAGCUAAGCUGCUGUGGAUAGAAUGUGGGGUGGCCAUGUUAGUGAGGAGGGAAAAGGGGGCUGAGCAGAGGGAACAAAAAAAAAAGCAUUCGAGGAUUGAGGGCGUUGGACGAAACAUAACGCAAUCGCGUACGGACAAGAGGCAAUGGAAUGGGGUGCGCGGCGGGUUUGUUGCGGGCAACGGAUACAACAAUAAAGAUGGUGUCCUUUUCCUCGAGGCUGCUAUACAAAUUAGAAAGAAUAUACCAUCAUUAGGUCAUCCUAGAAUAGCAGAGAUAUGCAGCCGCGACUAUAAGAGCGUUGAUUACACGAAUAUAGCGCCUCUCUGUUGGCCAAUUUUUGGAAUACAACGGGGUAGUCACGCUCCAAUUCUAAGUGAUACGAUAUCAGCGGGAUACAGCUAUGUCAUUCCUAGUUACCCGAUGGCGAAGGAAGUCUCGGACGUCUUGGUGGGUGGCUUGUGCGGACAGACUUUUUUCGUGACACCACGUCAUAUCCACCUACACUCCUUUGACUUGCUGCUGCCUAACCACGCCACCUGCUGCAGCCUAGAGCUAUUGGUGGCCUUAAGUCACAUAUUGGCAAUCAAUCCAGUUCCUCAUGCCUCUGGUGCUCCUCCUAGCUUCAUAUCAUAUCUGAAAGCCGUUUCGAAGCUACACCCACCUCCAAUCUCUGGGCCAACCGAUAAAAGUGCAAUCUGUACGCCUUUAACUCUCGUGGACGGGGAUGUUGGGAGUGAGACUUCGGACGCUAUCCAGUUCCUCGCCUUGGAAAAGGCCCAAGUCAUCAACCGGGCAUCAGGCGCGAUACGGAACACAGUUACCAGUUCAUCUCAUCUCGGUCGUAACACAAAAUCGCCUCUGAGUCCCUCUGUUCGUUCUCUGGAAAAAUGCCUCCUCACUAUCUCGCGCAUGGAGACGAAACGUUCUUGA